GAGGAAGUUCGAAGAGCAAACAUGCAGAUCUUUGUGAAAACCCUAACCGGGAAGACAAUCACACUCGAGGUUGAGGCCUCCGACACUAUUGAAAAUGUGAAAGCAAAGAUUCAAGAUAAGGAAGGAAUCCCACCAGAUCAGCAACGACUUAUCUUUGCCGGAAAGCAACUAGAAGAUGGCCGCACUCUAUCGGAUUACAAUAUCCAAAAGGAAUCUACGCUUCAUCUUGUCCUUCGUCUCCGAGGAGGAAUGCAAAUUUUUGUGAAGACAUUGACUGGAAAGACGAUCACCCUGGAAGUUGAGGCCUCGGACACAAUCGAGAAUGUGAAAGCCAAGAUUCAAGAUAAGGAAGGCAUUCCACCAGACCAGCAACGGCUUAUAUUUGCCGGCAAACAACUUGAAGAUGGCCGCACACUUUCGGACUACAACAUUCAGAAGGAAUCUACCCUCCAUUUGGUACUUCGUCUUCGAGGAGGAAUGCAGAUCUUUGUGAAGACGUUGACAGGAAAGACGAUUACAUUGGAGGUUGAGGCAUCUGAUACAAUCGAAAAUGUCAAGGCCAAGAUACAAGAUAAAGAAGGAAUUCCACCUGAUCAGCAGCGACUUAUCUUUGCAGGAAAGCAGCUGGAGGAUGGUCGCACCCUUUCGGAUUACAAUAUCCAGAAGGAAUCGACUCUUCAUCUGGUGCUGCGUCUUCGAGGAGGAAUGCAAAUUUUCGUGAAGACGUUGACUGGAAAGACAAUCACCUUGGAGGUAGAGGCUUCUGACACCAUUGAGAACGUGAAGGCGAAGAUCCAAGACAAGGAAGGAAUCCCACCAGACCAGCAAAGGCUCAUUUUUGCAGGGAAGCAGCUGGAAGAUGGACGAACUCUCUCGGAUUACAACAUUCAAAAGGAGUCUACACUGCACCUCGUACUUCGUCUUCGUGGAGGCAUGCAAAUCUUCGUGAAAACUCUUACUGGAAAAACUAUUACAUUGGAAGUGGAAGCUUCGGACACAAUUGAAAACGUCAAAGCCAAGAUUCAGGACAAAGAAGGAAUCCCGCCAGAUCAGCAGCGGCUCAUCUUUGCCGGUAAGCAACUGGAGGACGGUCGUACUCUUUCCGAUUAUAAUAUCCAGAAGGAGUCCACCCUCCAUCUCGUACUGCGCCUUCGCGGAGGCAUGCAGAUCUUCGUAAAAACUCUAACUGGAAAAACUAUUACUCUGGAAGUGGAGGCCUCCGACACGAUCGAAAAUGUGAAAGCUAAGAUUCAGGACAAAGAAGGAAUUCCACCUGAUCAACAGCGACUUAUCUUUGCCGGUAAACAACUCGAAGAUGGUCGCACACUCUCGGAUUACAACAUCCAAAAGGAGUCGACACUUCAUUUGGUGCUCCGUCUUCGUGGAGGCAGCAACUGA